CUGGUAAGUCCAGGCCGUGGCACUUGCUCACAUAAAUACUGGCAGCUCCUUUUCCCCCUCUCUCAGAGCCCGUAGCUGUGGGCUAGGCCACCUCGUGCUUUAGAAUAUGAGACUGUCCGCUUACAUUGGCUUGCCUGUUCGCUCCAGAGGUUCAAUCAGAUUUACACAGAGCACAUCUCAGCGAUGGCACCAACCAAGAAACCAGCACAGGCCAAGGCCAAGACGCCCGCAAGCGCUGCUCGCUCGAAGCACGCUCGUGGCGCCAGCACGUCCAACAGUUCCCCCAACAAGCGCGCCGAGAACUGGAACUUCACUCACAUCCCGCCGGAUGCAUCUCAGCGGACUGGCAAUGGUCGUCAAAAGGGCCGCGAUCUCGUGUCCUGGGCUCGCCCGCGCAUGAUGGAGCAGGCCAUGCUCCAUCUCGUCUACGAGGCCACCACCAGGAACAUUCGCCUCCCGUGGGACAACAUCGCCCAUCGCCUCCACCCCGGUUUGUCUGGCAAUGCUCUCCUGCAGCGCUUCCAGCGCCUCCGCAGGGAGCUCAUUGCCGAAGGGCAUCUUGUCCCACCUUUGCCUGGUCGCGGCAACUCCAACACUGACCCAGAGGUUCGUGGAUUCACUCGUCUCGACCGCGAUGGUCCUGACCUGGAGACCACUCGCCCUGUGCGCUUCGACGAGCCCUGGCUGGCUCCCAUGUUCAAUCUGCCAGAUGCUGGCAAGCUUGUCCACAACCAGACGAGCUCACGUAAGGCAACCAAGGAUGCCACUGCCUUCCAGCUUGGCAGCGAUGAGGAUAGUGACAGCGAGGAGCAAGACUUUGAUGCACUUGACCCUGAUGAUGGAGCUGGCGACGAUUCCGAGGAGGAUGAGGACGAUGGUGAGGAUGAAGAGGAUGAGGACGACAAGGCCUUCAAAAACAGUCGUCGCGCGUCAACCAGCCGCCGUCAGAGCAUCCGCUCUCAGAAGAAGAAGAGCUACGCCGAGUUCGACUCUGACGAUGAACAAGAGACGAGCAACAAGAAGAAGAGCACUCCUGACCGUCGCAACCGCGCCGGCUCGUCUUCGCCUCUUGUCAGACGGCGGAAUGGCCCUGGUCGUCGGUCCACCAUGUCUUCGACGACACAGCCUUCCGUCCAGCCGGCAGGAAACAUCAACCUGGCCAACAUCCCCCAGAACCCAGGCUCUGGCUCCGGGCAGCCGUCGAGCGCUAUGCCUAUAACAUUCAGCUACAACCACGACGGCUCGUUUUCGUUCCACGGCCUAAACGCUGACGGCCUGCCAGGCCAAUCGAUUAGGAUUCCACCAGUUGGAUCUGCCCCAACCGUUGCCGCCCCGGGCAACAUUCCUCAGGAGGCACUCUUGGCUAUGUACCAACAGAUGCUGAACGCGCAACAGAAUCUGGCAGCCUCAGGCCAGCCCGCCGCGUUCCAUGGCUUGCAGGCUGCGUCUGGUGAUCGACCUUCGAUCUUUACAGCCCAGCACUUCGGCAUUGCCACUCCCUCGUCCUCCGCGAACCAGAGUGCUAAUCUGCCAUCUGGCGACAUCACCAUGGGCGGCAUGGGUGCUUCUCAGGCUGAUGCUGGCGGCAAGAGCAGCCUUAACCCUGAGCAGCACCGCCUCGCGAUGGCCAUCUUGAACCAGAGCGGUGGCGACGGCUCAAAGACCCCGGUCCGUCGAAGCCAACGCAACCACCAGAAUCCUGCCGACAACGGCGUCCAGGACACUGUUGUUGUCAAGACUGAAGAUGGCCCGAACGAGGACGCGCCUGGUGAACCGAACACCACCGCAUCCAAGAAUGUCCCGAGCCUGAACAAGGAAAAGACGAUCCGGGAAAGCCGCGAGGAGGACGACAUGGAUGAGUCUUAAGAGCCAGAUGUUCCACAAUGGUGCAGGUACUCGGACGUCUUUGUAACGGACAUGGUACAUUAUCUGCGCCGCCAUCUCUCGGCGUUCCUUUGGGGUUCUUUGGCAUGCGUCCAGGCUGCUCUUGUCUCCUCAUGAGACAAUUGGUUUGAUUUUUCAUCUGCUCCGAAGCAUGGCGUAAUUGGCUUUGGUUUUAUGGGAAGCAGCAAUGCUUUGCAGUCCUCCGCACAGGUCAGCGAAGCUACAUGACUGACUCUGGGUCAGUCGAACAGUUCGCCUGGUCAGAUGAUAGGACGGUGUGAUGACAGGCAUAUGGCAACAGGGGACUUUUGUUUUGUAAUGAGAACUCGGGAUAGAGCAAGAGAAAUAGAUAAAUAAUGGCAGGAUGACGACAAAGCAUAAAAAAAAA